AUGUGUUGCGAUGACCUCUGCAGUGCCAUCUUUUGCGGCGCUUUGUGUGGCUGGUGCUGUGCCGUUGCCGCUGAAGAGGAUCGUCGGUUCCGACAGGGGUACUAUGCCCAACCUGUGAUGGUCCGAACUGUUCAGCCUGUACCGGUACUGGUGCCCCGCCCCCUUCCGACUUACCGAUUCUACCCCCAAGGAACGUAUGUGCAACAAGGUCAAGGGCAGCCCCAGUAUGGAGGCAAUGGCCAUGUGCCUAUGGCCAAGCCAGUACCCGGUCACAUUUCUGAAAUUCACUUCACUGUCAUCCCCAAUGUGUUGCGACGACCUCUGCAGUGCCAUGAUUUGCGGCACCCUGUGCGGUUGCUGCUGUGCCGCCGCUGCUUACAACAACUGUCGGCACCACCAACAACUGUGAUCGUUCAGCCGGUGAUGGUCUCGCCUCCGCACCAAGAACAUGGCUAA